UCUGCUCUGCGCGCGCAGUCUAUCUCUCCAUUUAUCUGUCUCAAAAUUACCCAGAGUUCUUGCUGUUAGUUCUUUAACAAUGAGGAAACCUUGCUGUGAGAAGAAGACGAAUAAUAAAGGAGCAUGGUCGAAGCAAGAAGAUGAGAAGCUCACUCAAUACAUUCAAAAACAUGGCGAAGGAAGCUGGCGCUCUCUUCCGGUCGCUGCAGGGUUGCUACGUUGUGGAAAGAGUUGCAGACUAAGGUGGGUAAAUUAUCUAAGGCCAGACCUUAAACGCGGUAGCUUUGGUGAGGAUGAAGAGGACCUCAUCAUCAAGCUCCAUGCACUUCUUGGGAACAGGUGGUCACUAAUUGCUGGAAGAUUGCCCGGCCGGACCGACAAUGAAGUGAAGAAUUACUGGAAUACUCAUCUAAGAAGAAAGCUCAUGCAUUUGGGAAUUGAUCCCAACAACCAUCGCAUAGGACACAAUAUUUGCUUCAACAAGGUUAAUAUAAAUCAUCCAUGUAAAUCAGCCAAUUCACAUGCAAAUAACGACGAUGAAGACAAUUCAGAGGAUCCGUUGUUCGAUUCCACAAUUUUUGGCCCCGAAAGCAACACUACAAGUUGUACUUUGCCUGACUUGAAUCUUGAUCUGACAAUAGGUCUUCCGUGGUCACUAUGAUUCCCAGUUACUGAAACUUAAAUACUAAUUGUCAUAGGUAUUAAUAGCUAAGUCGGUAGCUAGUCACAGUCGAGUAAAAAUAAUGCUAACCUUGGCAUGCAUUAAUAUUAAUAGUUCAAUUACAUGGCUCUUUUUGUUCAUUUAAUUAUGGAGAGGAGAAAUACAGAAGAACGAAAUGUGCAUGUGCUAUAUAUCUAGAGCAUGUUGGA